CAUCAGUUUGAAUUCUAACUCUUCCUAUAAAUUCUGAUCUUAUUAUUCCGCAACGCUUAUAUAAAAUCAAGUUCGUGCUGUUAUCAAUCAAUUUGCAACUCUUUUUAGCUAAGUAUUACUUUUGAUCUCAUUCAGUAACGCUUUAGCUCCCAGCUACAACAGAUAUCAACCAUGAAGAAUACCAAUAAAAACAAAGGAAGAUUCAAAAAUAUUUUUUCAUCACAUUCAACAUCUCCAGACAAUUCAAUCUCAAAGUCAUCAACACACUCGGUAUCUUCUUCAUCGUCAACAUCAUCACCAUAUCCAUCACCACCACCAUCUUGUCCAUCAACACCUCUCCACAGAUUCUCAGAAUCGAUGAUGGAAGAGAACAUCGAUAACGCCGAGAUAUUAAUCACCAAAUGGAGUUUGCAAACUAAUACAGGCUUUGCUGCCGCUUCUUCGCUGUUGUACGAUGACCGGAAAGAAGCUAAGAAUUUCAUUUCAUGUGUAAAGGAUUUACAAAGAGCAAUGAGAUUUUUUAUAUUACCAGAGAAUUCGAAUUCAGUUCUACUGAUGAGAUCUCAAAACCUUACGGAAACUGCUAUGAAAAGACUGCAGAAAGAGUUUUAUCAGAUUUUAUCAACUAACCGUGACCGUCUUUAUCCUGAAUCAAUCUCCGGUCACGGUUCCGAGAAAUCCAGAGGUAGUACUUCUAGUUACGACGAAGAAAUUGAUCAAUCAUCCGAUGAAGAUGAGAUACAAAGAGUGAGUAAUUCCAUAAAUGAAGUUGAACAAGUUGGAACAGUGGCCAUGAAUGAUCUGAAAAUGAUUUCAGACUGUAUGAUUUCAUCUGGUUAUGGUAAAGAAAUUGUUAGUAUAUAUAAAAUUAUCAGAAAAUCUAUUGUCGAUGAAAGCUUAUAUAAACUAGGCGUUGAGAGGAUGACACCUACGCAAAUCAACAAGAUGGAUUGGGAAAUGCUUGAUUUCAAGAUCAAGACCUGGGUUUACGCAGUGAAAAUUGUCGUGAAAACUCUGUUUAUCGGCGAACGGAUUCUCUGCGAUUACGUGUUUACGUCGGAGACAAGUAGAGAGUCUUGUUUUACGGCAAUCACGAAGGAUAGUGCUUUGGAGCUGUUUCAGUUCCCUGAGUUAGUUGCUAAAGGGAAGAAAUCACCUGAGAAAAUGUUCAGGAUUCUAGACCUUUACGAUGCGAUUUCGGAGCUAUGGCCUGAGAUUGAGUCGAUUUUUUCUUAUCAAUCGAUGUCAAAUGUUCGAGCACAAGCUGUGUCGUCGUUGCUUAAACUCGGAGAAGCGGUUCGAGCAAUGUUGACGGAUUUUGAAGCGGCGAUUCAAAAGGAUUCUUCAAAAGCGCUUGUUGCUGGUGGUGCAAUUCAUCCACUGACUAGAUAUGUUAUGAAUUACCUUUGUUUUCUAUCCGAUUACACGGUAAUUCUUUCGGAUAUUCUAGCCGAUUGGCCUUUGCCGGAGAAUACUUCACUACCGGAGUCUUACUUCGGUAGUUCCCUGGAUACAGAAGAUGACAGUACAUCCACGAUUUCUGUGAGAUUCGCUUGGUUAGUACUUGUUCUUCUUUGUAAACUUGACGGCAAAGCGGCGCUUUACAAAGAUGUUCCAUUAUCGUAUCUCUUCUUGGCGAAUAAUCUCAACUACGUUGUUUCGAAAGUUCGGGGCUCGAAUCUUCGGGUUUUACUCGGUGAAGAAUGGAUCAGUAAACAAGAACUGACGGUAAAACAAUACUCCAUAAACUAUGAAAGAAUGGGGUGGAGUAAAGUUUUAUCAUGUUUGCCGACGAAUCCAACGGCCAGCAUUUCCCUGGGAGCUGCGAAAGAAUGUCUUCUUUCUUUCAAUACUGCAUUUGAAACAGCAUACCGGACACAAUCUGCAUGGAUCAUAACGGAUUCGAAACUAAGAGAUCAGAUUAAAGUUUCGAUUUGUAAGAAAGUUGUGCCUGUUUAUCGUGAGUUUUAUGAUACCAAUCGAGCUGCAUUGACCAGAGAAAGAAAUGUCGAGACAUUGGUGAGAUAUUCGCCGGAUGAUUUGAUGAAUUAUUUGUCCGAUUUGUUUUACGGGAUGAAAGUAUCGGGUUCGGGUACUUCCAACUGCUAAUUCUUCCCGUCAUUUUUCUUCUUCCCAUUCAAGCCAAGUUCACGUUGAUGAAACGAAUUAGUAUAAUUCAUGAAUCCUAAAUCUAACUUCAAGCGUAUGUUGUAAUUUUUUGAUUGAGAUUUAUGACAAUUUAAUAUUUUCUGUAAAUAUAAGAAAUAAAAGGCUAAUACCGUAUACUAGAUUGAAGAAUUA